AGGCGCCGUCUGGCCUCUGGUUCUGUCCGCCUGCGAUGGGGAGCGCGGUGUCGCUCGCGGGUAUGCUGGGGCUACUACUUGUGUCUGCGCUGCCAGGGGACCUCGGAGACUGCCCCAGCUCUGACCUCCGGGCACACCCAGGGGACCCCGCCCAGGACGGCCUUGGGGCCACGGAACCCUGGCGGCGGCCGCCGCCAAAGGACCAGCGCGAGCGGGGCCGGGCCGGGGCGCUGCCUUUGGGGGCGCUGUACACGGCGGCCGUCAUGGCUUUUGUGCUGUACAAGUGUUUGCAGCAGGGGAAAGAUGAAGCUGCUGGUCUCCAGGAGGAGGCAGGGAAGAAGGAAUCACUGCAGUCAGAGCAACAGCUGACCCAGCUGACACAACAGCUGGCCCAGACAGAACAACACCUGAACAAUCUGAUGGCCCAGCUGGACCCCCUUUUUGAGCGUGUGACAACCCUGGCUGGGGCCCAGCAGGAGCUUCUGAACAUGAAGCUACAGACCAUCCACCAGUUGCUACAAGACAGCAAGCCAAACAAUGGUGUGGAGGUUCCAGAACCAGAGGCCAGCAUCUCCUUUCCUGACGACUCACGUAUAGAGGAUGAGAAGGAGACUGGUGAUAGUCAGGAGUGGGAGGAGCCCCUAAACUGGAGCACAGAGACAAGAAACCGAGCUACGCCCUGGGAAGUGGAGCAGGGCCUGAGGAGAAGGGCCCAUCACAGCCCCCACUGGGAAGCAGUAUGACAGCUGAAGGUUUAGUAAACAAAGCCUGUCCUUGUGACUGGA